GCGGAUAUAGUGUAUGCGGGGUCCGGGGAGAGCGGAUAUAGUGAAUGCGGGGUCCGGGGAGAACGGAUAUAGUGAAUGCGGGGUCCGGGGAGAGCGGAUAUAGUGAAUGCAGGGUCCGGGGGAGAACGGAUAUAGUGAAUACAGGGUCCGGGGAGAGCAGAUAUAGUGAAUGCAGGGGUCCGGGGAGAGCAGAUAUAGUGAAUGCGGGUUCAGGGAGAGCGGAUAUAGUGAAUGCAGGGUCCGGGGAGAACGGAUAUAGUGAAUGCGGGGUCCGGGGAGAACGGAUAUAGUGAAUGCGGGGUCCGGGGAGAGCGGAUAUAGUGAAUGCAGGGUCCGGGGAGA